UAGUCAACGUGUUGACGAUUCUGUGGGCGUAAACAGAACAUCUUCAUCCUGGUUUAUCGUCUAUAUAAGCAUUUAAUUACUAAUUAUACUUCAUCAUGUCAAAUCUCGAUGAAGUUGAGACUGAACCGGGACUAGGAGAGCAAGAUCCAGCGGCAGAUUUCUUGGCUAGGGAGGAAGAGGUGUUGGCAGGGCUGGAGGAGGACACUGCUGCUGCUGCUGAUGCUGUUGCUGCUGAUGCUGUUGCUGCUGAUGCUGUUGCUGCCAGCGACGACCAGGUAAUCACGGAUUUACUCGAUGCUGUGCCAGAUGCAGACACCGUGCUUCAGCAAAUGGAAGAUGCUGGGGAUGCUGGGGAUGCGGGAGAUGCUGCGAACGUCCAUGCUGGAAUGAAUGGCUUCACAGCUGAUGACCUUGCACAGUUUGAGUCCGUGGAGCCGGUUUCCGAUGAACAAUUCCUAGACUUUGAACAGAAUGACGAGCAGAUGAAUGGACAAGAUGCCUAUUCGGCGAUAUCGCAGCAGGAUAUACAGCGAGCGGAACCAGAGAAAAUUCGCGUGUGGAGAGAGGAACAAAGGGCGCGGCUGGAGAAGAAAGAUGAGGAGGAACAGGUGAAACGAGAAGAGCUGAGAGAGCUAGCGCAGAAGGAAUUGGAGCAGUGGUACGCGCAGCACACUCAACAAGUGGAGAACACCAAGAAAAACAACAGGGUCGCCGAGGCGGCAUUCGUCGAGGAGCGUGAUACCGACAUUCCGGGACAGGAGUGGGAGCGAAUCACGCGCCUCGUAGACUUCAACCCGAAGAGCAGCAAGCAUUCCAAGGACGUCUCGCGACUUCGCUCCAUCCUGCUGCAGCUGAAGCAGCAGUAGCAGCAACAACAACAACAGCAGCAACAGCAUCAACAGCAGCGGCAGCAGUAGCAGCAGUA